UAUACAUUAAGAUAGUAUUGAGGUUAUGAAAUGGUCUAAUAUUGCAUUGAAAGCUUAUGGAACCCAUUCGGUUACUCCUUUCCAAAAUAACGGCCCUAUCCAUUUCAUAUUGAUGGCUAUUGCGUGUGUCCUCAUACUUAAGACACACAAGACACUCCGCGAUCUUGUACUUCUCCAUUACAAGAAAAAAAAACAGAGAGGUCCAAGAUCGAAGACAGGGCCUGCUAAUAUAAAGCUAGAGAUUAGGCUGCAUAGCUCAAUUAAUUGCAUAGCUACCAUAUAAUCUGGGAUUGUGGAUAGAUAUCAGAACAUAUCACACCUAUAAAUAAUGCUGUUAUACCCAGAUAGAGCAUCUAAUUCAGAUAGUACUAAACAAGGAAAUGGAACUGGGGCUGGGACUAGCAGUUAUAACAAAUCCACUAGUCAACGAACUGAUAAUGGAACUGAAACAUCAAAGUCAAGCAAACUGGAUUCCAAACCAGUAGAAAAGGACAAGAAUGUCGAGGGAGUAGUACAUUCAUGGCUAUUUCUGGAAAGUACCUAUUUGAAUGAAACACCUAGUCGAGUUCAAUUCCGAAUCUCACGUGAACAGGAGCUAGUAGAAAGAGAUCAUAUUCAUCAAUUCAUAGUUCAAGUGGGAUCCAAGUUGAAGUUGGAUAGAAGUGCUAUUCUUGCAGCUUCCAUAUAUGCUAAUCGUUUCUAUAUGCGAAUACCGAUAAAGAGAAAUUCUAAAUUUUAUGUUGCAUGUGGUGCAUUAGCUAUAUCUUGUAAAUUGCACGAUAAUUAUAGACCACCAGAUAAGAUUGCUUUACAAGCUGCAAUAGUGGCUACUCCCGAUAGAGUAGUAGAUGAACAAAGUCCAGUAUACUGGACAUUCAAGGAUCAAUUAUUGUAUCGAGAAGAAUUGAUUUUGAAAACAUUAAAUUUCGAAUUAAAUGUCACAUUACCUUACGAAAUAAGAGAUCAACUUGUUAAAGAUUUGUCUAGUUCCAAGUAUGCCUUAUUUUAUUCCAAAAAAGAAGAGAUCUUUAAAUAUUCUAUUAGUCUUAUAGAAUUAUUAUCUUCACUACCAAUAUUUUUAGUAUUUGAUACGUAUACUAUUUUUGGUACAGCAUUAAUAAUAGUCAUAUAUGAAGCAAGGUCCAAAUUAAAAGAGCCAGGUUUAAAACUCCCCGAGAAUUACUUGAGGAUAAAAUUACAAGUAGAUUCUACUUUAUGUUAUAGUUGUUUCCAGUUUAUUCUUAAACUAUUAGAGCAUUGUGUUCAUAAUGAAAAGGUUAUAUGUAACAAGGCAGCUAAACAGAGGAUAAAGCCUAUUCCCAAAAAGGAUUUUAUAGAUGUUGCUAAUGAAACCAUUUUAGACUAAUCUUGUCUGAUUAGGAUAUAUCUGAUUUUUGGGUGCAAAUUGGGAAUGUUUUUUUGCCCUUGCCGCCAACUUUUAAAAAAGUUGUAACUUUUAUAUAGCAUAGUACAGAUCUUUAGUUUCAUAUAGUCACAAAUAUUACAUAAUACUAUAUCAUACUAUAAG